GCGGGGCCGCUGGGAUUGAGCGUAGGGCAGGGACUGUCCGGGACCCCACCAUGAACGCCAAGAAGAAAGGGAGUCCCGCGCGGACGCAUUCCAUGAUGUCCCUGUCGGUGCGGCCGCAGCGCCGCCUGCUCAGCGCCAGGGUCAAUAGGAGCCAGUCCUUCGCCGGCGUCCUCCGCAGCCACGAGCGAGGGCCCAGGAGUUUUACCGCUUUCAGCCCCCCGGGGCCCCCCCGGAAGCCACCGGCGCUCUCCCGAGUUUCUAGGAUGUUCUCCGUGGCACACCCGGCCCCCAAGGUGCCGCAGCCCGAGCGGCUGGACCAAGUGUACGCCGCGCUUAAGAGGGGCCUAACGGCCUACUUGGAAGUGCACCAGCAGGAGCAAGAGAAGCUGCAGGGACAGAUCCGGGAGUCCAAGAGGAAUUCCCGCCUGGGCUUCCUGUAUGACUUGGACAAGCAAGUCAAGUCCAUCGAACGCUUCAUGCGACGGCUGGAGUUCCAUGCCAGCAAGAUCGAUGAGCUGUAUGAGGCAUACUGCGUCCAGCGGCGUCUCCGAGAUGGCGCCUCCAACAUGGUCCGGGCCUACACCACAGGGUCCCCAGGGAGCCGAGAGGCUCGGGACAGCCUGGCGGAGGCCACUCGAGGGCACCGAGAGUACACGGAGAGCAUGUGUGUGCUGGAGAGCGAGCUGGAAGCCCAGCUGGGCGAGUUCCAUCUCCGGAUGAAAGGACUCGCCGGCUUUGCCAGACUCUGUGCGGGUGACCAGUAUGAGAUCUGCAUGAAGUAUGGGCGGCAGCGCUGGAAACUGCGAGGCCGCAUCGAGGGGAGCGGGAAGCAGGUGUGGGACAGUGAGGAAACCAUCUUUCUGCCUCUGCUCACCGAAUUCCUGUCUAUCAAGGUGACAGAGCUGAAGGGUCUGGCCAACCACGUGACUGUGGGCAGUGUCUCCUGUGAGACCAAGGACCUGUUUGCCGCUCUGCCCCAGGUGGUGGCUGUGGACAUCAAUGACCUUGGCACCAUCAAGCUCAGCCUGGAAGUCAUAUGGAGCCCCUUCGACAAGGAUGACCAGCCCUCAGCUGCUUCUAGUGUCAACAAGGCCUCCACAGUCAGCAAGCGCUUCUCCACCUACAGCCAGAGCCCACCAGACACGCCCUCCCUCCGGGAGCAGGCCUUCUAUAACAUGCUACGGCGGCAGGAAGAGCUGGAGAAUGGGACAGCGUGGUCCCUGUCAUCCGAGUCUUCCGACGACUCAUCCAGCCCACAGCUCUCAGGCACUGCCCGCCAUUCUUCAGCCCCCCGGCCCCUGGUGCAGCAACCUGAGCCCCUGCCCAUUCAGGUCACCUUCUGCAGGCCUGAGACCCCCACUGGGUUCCUGAGUGAGGAGCGGGCCACGGCCCCACCCCUGGCCAACGGGCAGGCCCUCAGCCGGACCCUGAGUCACAUCAGUGAGGCCAGUGUGGACGCUGCUUUGCUGGAGGCCGAGGACCCGAAAAGCACAGACCGACUGCCAAGCCCAUGUGCACCCCUAGGUCCCACUCACGGGGCGCACCUUGGUCAUGUCUCUCCUGCCCCAGACCCCAGUUAUCCUGUCACCAUCUCAGCCCUCGGUGCAGGAGGCCCUGUGCACACACUUGCAGACCCUCCUCCACUGGAACAACUACCCCCAGAACCCAAGGCCACCCACCCUGCUUCUGAACAGCCAGGCCCCACCCACACCACAGCGAGCUCCAGUCUGGCCUGCACUACGGCAGGCUCUCCUCACCAUGCUGAGGCCUCCCCAGUCACUACUGCAGGCCCAAGCCCCAGGGCCCAGCCUAGCAUAGGCCCACCUCACACUACCACAAGCCCCGCCCAUAAGCCCAAACUCUCUACCUUAACUUGUACAGGUUCUGUUCAGACUACCACAAGCCCCCCCCACACCUCUGCACGUCCCACACAGACCUCCACAAGCCCGGCCUACCAUACUGCAAGUCCCAUACAGACUUCCCCAAGCCCCACUUUCACCACAAGUCUCACACAGACCUCCACAAGCCCCACUUUUACCACAAGUCUCACACAGACCUCCACAAGCCCCCCCCACACCACUGCAAGUCCCACACAGACCUCCACAAGCCCCACUUUUACCACAAGUCUCACACAGACCUCCACAAGCCCCUCCCACACCACUGCAAGCCCCACACAGACCUCCACAAGCCCCACUUUUACCACAAGUCUCACACAGACCUCCACAAGCCCCACCCACACCACUGCAAGCCCCACCCAUACCAGUCCAACCCAAGCUGGCCCAAACCCAACUCACAAAACCAGAGUAUCCAAUCACAGCACUACAAAUGUUGCACUCGGUGCAAUAAACUGUGUCCAGACCUCCACAAGCCCUCCCUGCUCUGCUGCCAGCCCCACCCUGCAAUCUAAGAGCCCUUCUACUUCUCCAGAUGUUACUGUCUCCAGCCCUACUGGGCACACAGACCCCACCCUCCCAGGUACCAGGUUCCUGCCCUGUGACCUCCCAGCCUCUACCCAGGCUGACCCCAUAGCUCCCAAUACCUCCUCCGGUCCCACCCUUUCUGCUGGCGAACCUCUUACAAGUCCUGUCCCAGAGCCCAACCUGCAGAACCCAAGCCCCAUGCCCUCAACCCUAGCUCCAGCCUCCCAGCAUCCAGACCCUAGCCUGGCCACAGCUCCCCAGGCUCCAGUCCCAGAGGCAGCCUGUGAGGCUAGGGACAGGCAGCUGGAGGAGGCCUUGGGGGCUCUAAUGGCAGCCCUGGCUGACUACCGUGGCCAGUUCCCCGAGCUGCAGGGCCUGGAGCAGGAGGCAACCCGCCUGGAGAGUCUGCUCAUGCAGCAGCAAGGCCUGAGUCGCAGCCGGGCCUCCAGCCUGAGUGUCACCGUGGAGCACGCCCUGGAGAGCUUCAGCUUCCUCCACGAGGAUGAGGAUGAGGAGGAUCACGCUGGCCCUGAAGACAGGCCCCCAAGCAGCCCGGAGCCUGGGGCUGAGGACAGCCUAGACUCGCCCAGUGCCCGCCCCCUCAGCACUGGCUGUCCAGCUCUGGACGCUGCCCUGGUCCAGCACCUAUACCACUGCAGCCGCCUCCUGCUGAAACUGGGUACCUUUGGGCCACUGCGCUGCCAGGAGGCGUGGGCACUGGAGCGACUGCUGCGGGAGGCCCGAGUGCUGGAGGUGGUAUGCGAGCUCAGCGGGUGUUGGGAGGCCUCUGUGACCUCUGCUCAGGAAGUGGUGCGCUUCUCUGCGCCUCGGCCUGGCUUCCUGACCUUCUGGGACCAGUGCACAGAGGGACUGGGCCCCUACAUCUGCCCUGUGGAGCGGGUGAUCCGCACCUUCUGCAGCCAGCACGGAGCCCGCCUCACCCUGCGCCAGUCAGGGUUACCCGAAGCUGUGUGUGCCAAGUUCCUGGAGGAUGCCCUGGGGCGGAAGCUGCCCAGGAGGCCACAGCCGGGGCCUGGAGAGCAGCUGACCAUCUUCCAGUUUUGGAGUCAUGUGGAAACCUUGGACGGCCCCUCCAUGGAGGCCUAUGUGACUGAGACCGCUGAGGAGGUAUUACUGGUGCGCAACCUGAACUCGGAUGACCAGGCUGUGGUGCUGAAGGCCCUGCGGCUGGCGCCCGAGGGACGGCUGCAGGCAGCGGGGCUGCGGGCCCUCAGCUCCCUGCUGGUCCACGGCAACAACAAGGUCAUGGCAGCUGUUAGCACCCAACUCCGGAGCCUGGCGCUGGGCCCUGCCUUCAGAGAGAGGGCCCUCCUGUCCUUCCUGGACCAGCUGGAAGAUGAGGACCCACAGUCACGGGUGGCUGGCUGCCUAGCCCUGGGCUGCAUCAAGGCACCUGAGGGUAUUGAGCCCUUGGUAUACCUGUGCCAAACAGACAUGGAGGCCGUGCGGGAAGCUGCCCGGCAGAGCCUGCAACAGUGUGCCUUCUCCUCUUCCUAAAGCAUCCUCUUAAAAGUCACGCCACAGGAUUCUGCUUUUGAAGCACGUGACAGCCAUCCUCUGCUGAGGGGUAUGUACAUGAUUCACACGGCUUGCUCCUCAGCUCCAGACCCUUCUACCGAACUACUGACUGGACACCUUCUUCUGAGGGCGCUACGUGCCUCCACCUCAACAGACUCCAAGCUGAACUCAACAUCCUCCCGACACCUGUGCCUCUUCCAGGGCUGUAGGAUUUACCAACUACCCUGGGCCUGAGCCCUGCAACUGGACCUCAGCCUCCAGUCUUUCCUCCAGUCUCUUCCGUCAGGCCAUCAGCCAUCCUCUCAAUGACGCCCCCCAAUCUUUCUACAGUCCCCACUUCCCUCCAUCCCCAUGGGCAUCACUCCAGUUUGGGAUGUGUUGACAUUUUGCCUGGACACGAAAAUGACUUCCUCACAGGCUCCUUGCCUCGACUCUUGCUCCUGUGUGAUCCAUUCUUGGUACGGUGAUCUUCAAAACACACACCUGCUAGUACUACAGGCUCUCUCUCCCCUUAGAGAAAAUUCCAGCUCCCUCAGGCUGGCUCACAAAGGCUCCUCUGAGUCUCUGACCAAGCCCAGCUUCAUUUCUGCUACCCGGUUUCUCACUCUGUCCUUGAGCGAGCAGAAUCCCCACCCUCACACAGCCCAAUGAGCGUCAGUAGACACCACACAUUUCUUCCCGAAGUAGUCACACCGUGCUCCUGUUGCAGAAGCCCUGCACUUCCCCAGUGUUAGUACCAAGCACACCCACUGCAAUUGUUAUUUACUGUGCACACUACAAUGCGGACGGCUCUAUACAUAUACAGCUGCCCCUUCCACUCAGGUCUGGGGAAACUGAUGGGGUUCUUCCCUUGAAGAGCAUGGUUCAGGUUAGUUUUUUCUUUUAAAAGUUUUACUGAGAUAAAAUAGAGGUACCGUGUGAUUGACCACUUAACAGUAUGCAAUUCAAAGGCAUGUAGCGUAUCCACGCAAGACUUGUACAGGCAUCUUCAUAUGAACUCUAGAAUCCUUUUGUGAACCUCCCUCCAAAGUAUCACACAUGCCUUAGUCGUCACCCCUCCAUCCCUCUGUUCUCCACUUCCUCACCACAGCCCUGGGCAACUGCUGGUCUCCUUUAGCUCUGUAGUCAUCCGUUCUGCUAACGUUCAUGAGGGCAAGUCUAGCCUUUCCAACUCAAGUCUAAGGCACUGAGGGCCGAGGUCACCAUCUCUUCAGUAUUAGCUAGCCUGAUGCGCAGACUAAGGCCCUAGGCAAUGACUCAGGAUAUGUAGAUUCAUUUCCCACCUCAAAUACCUCUGGCUGCCCAAGUACCUGAAAAUUUCCCAUUUUAGUCUUCCUUUUGGGUUAAGGCAGAGUUUUCAACUUUGAUUUAGAAGCAGAAACCUCUCUGAUCCCCUAAAAUUGGGAGAUAUGGGGGAUUGGGGAGCAGAGCUUGCCUGAUAAGCCUACCUUUCACCUCUGUGCUACGCAUCACACCCAGCAAAACCUUAAAUAUGGAAGGGCUACCUAAUAGUGGGGCUCGGAAGAGGCAGGGUGGGGCUGAGGAGCAAUCAGUGUUGCCAUCAAGUUGCUGGACAAUGCUGAGCAAGUCCCUUCAUCUUUGAAGUUUAGGACAGAACUGGGCCUAGAUGCACCCAGGGAAGCUGUGAGCAUCGAUGGGAAGGGCAGGCUGAAGGCGUUUUGCAACAUGAAAAGUGGACCAAUGAGAUGGGCGAUUACAAGGUGCUCGGUGCAGGCCUUACCAAUGCAAGGAAGAACACACAGGACAAAACUAACCUACCUUCCUUCGUGAAUGUGCCGAGGAGUGUCCUUUGACUUGAGAGAGCGGUAACUGGAGCUGAAAGGUAAAAAGAAAUUUGGCUUUUCCAGAGGCCUCAAAAGAGCAGACAGCAAUUUGAAAAAUAAAGUCUGUAGUCUGGGCAGGAGAUGAUGUAGAAGGGCAAGUCUUUCAAGUGUUAGGAGCUGAUGCUGGUAGACAUUGGCGUCUUUAGCUUUCCAGGCGUCUUACAAAGCUGCUGUUGUUUUUAAAAUAAAGUUUUAGGUCACUCCUCUACAUCCUAGUCCAGUGGUGUGGGGCAACUUGCUGGUCCCUCAACACACUUGAGUACUUGGAUGUCCUCGAUUGUGGCGCUUCACCUGACAUGCCUUUGCCUCUCUUGCUAACGAUGUCCUGCUCCUUUAGGACCCAGCUCCAAUGAGACACGGCUAGCCAGGAGUCAGACUCGACAGCAGUGGGAUUUUUGGUUUUGGGUGUGAGUACAGAUUAGAAAGGAAUUCUAAAAAGUGUUUUAGUAUCCCACAGAAAGGCAAGAAAAAUAAAACAAAAACCAGAAUAAACAGGAAGCCAAAAAAGAGAGGCAGGUUUAUGCUCUAAUAUUUCAAUAAUUAUACUAACCAGUGGAAGUUGACAGAUUGGGGGUGGGGUGGGGGUAAGACCCAACUCUAUAUGAGAGGGCUUCCAAAAGUUCAUGAAAAACUGGAAUUGAAAGAGAAUGGGAUUUUCCCACAAACUUUUUGAAGUGUCUUCUUACAUACUAUCUACAAUGUAACAAUAUGGAUGUUUACUCUUCAAGAUAAGAAAGGUCAAUAAUCGCUGGAGGUAAAGUUCUAAAGAGUGUAAACAGAUUGACAAUCUCAGGAAGAAAAAGCAGCUAAGCAAUUUACCAAUCAGUUUUGCUAUUCCUUGUUAUAGCAAGGACGGUGUUAAGUCAGGGUAGAGGGGUGGGAGCAGGUGUGUGUGUGAAAAAGGCAAAAUGCAAAUAUCCCAGAGUUCUCUGGUAAUUUCCCUCCAAGUUUCCCUUUUUGAAAAAAGGAUUGAGUCCUAACAUACAUAAAGAACAAAUGGCAGUUUGGUUUAUAAAAGACAGCGAUAACACUUUCAAUUUUCAAAGACUUGCUACAUUUCUAGCAGGGUGUCUAAUCGCUUAAGGCAGUGGUUCUCAACCUUCCUAAUGCCGCGACCCUUUAACACAGUUCAGUGCUACUUCAUAACUGUAAU